AUGUUCUCUCUCAAGCAAACCAAACUCAUUCGACCACCCUCAGACAUUGAUCCGUCACAGCCACGGCCAGGGAGCACAUACUAUCUCUAUGCUGUCACGGUCUUUGUCUCCCUUGGCGCUUUCCUCUUUGGAUAUGACCAGGGGGUCAUGGGUGUGAUCGUUGCAGACCAACGAUGGAUUGACUUGAUGCAGCCCGCCAACUCCUGGGUCACAGGGACUGUCGUGUCUCUCUACGAUGUCGGAUGUUUCAUCGGUGCAAUGUCUUUGGGAUAUUUGGCCGAUCCACUUGGUCGCGAACGUACACUGUCGAUUGCCUGUAUGGUCUUUAUAGUGGGUGCCAUUAUCCAAGCAGCGUCUUAUACGAUCACGCAAAUUACAAUUGGUCGUGUGAUACUAGGGUUUGGUGUCGGGGCAUGCGCUGGGGGCGUACCUCUUUAUGUUGCUGAACUGUCACCCCCAGCAAUCCGAGGUCGCAUUGUCGCCAUCGAGCAGAUGAUCCUUUGCUUCGGCGAACUGGUUGCUUUCUGGUUGAAUUAUGGUUUCAAUUUUCUAGAGAUGGAUGACUGGUGGCGCAUCCCUCUCGCCAUUCAAAUUCUGCCCGCGUUGGUCCUGGCCAUUGGCUGCUGGUACUGGGUACCACCCAGUCCACGUUGGCUAGCCAGCCAGGAUCGUCAUGAAUGUGCACGGGAAGUCCUAAUCCGUUUACAUGGGACCGAAGCUGCAGAAAUCGAGAUGCAGGAGAUCAUGGGCUCUAUUGAGUUUGAGCACACGGUAAGUGAAGCCUCGUGGGGCGACAUGUUUAAGAUGCCGGUGCUACGCGUAACUCUUCUGGGAAUGGGCGUGCAAUUCCUGCAGCAAAUCACGGGCACCAAUUCAAUCCUUUACUAUACGCCAUCUCUCUUCGAGCGUGGCGGUAUUACAAACCCACGGACAGCCAAUCUUGCUACCGGCGGCGUUGGAGUUGUUCUUUUUGUUUUCUCCUGGGUACCGAUCUUCUACUUUGAUCGGCUGGGUCGAAAGACCUGGCUUCAAAUCGGAACCGUAGGCAUGAUGGGAGCUAUGAUCGGGAUCACUGUGUUGCAGUGGCACGCCGAGCACAACCCGGGUGACAGUGCCAACUACACGAUCAUCAUAUUCCCGUACCUGUUCUACGUUUUCUUCAAUAUCAGUUGGGGUGUUGGGUCAUGGACCUACGCGGCUGAAAUUUUCCCCGUUUCGAUGCGAGCCAAGGGUAAUGCUCUCACGACGGCGUCACUAUGGGCAGCCUGUUAUAUCGUUGCUCAAGCGAGUCCUCCAAUUGCUGAUGCGAUUGGCUGGGGCUUAUAUAUCAUUUACACUGGGAUCUGUGUGGUUGCAUUCUUCUUUGUUCGAUACUGUCUAGUGGAAACUCGUGGACGAACCCUGGAGGAAAUGUCGCGCCUCUUCGGCAUCGAAAGUAGUCUGGCGGAGCGUAGUGGUGUUAAAUUAGCGACUGAAGAGCAUAUAGAGGAUACACAUGCAUCUACGUCUAACUUGUGA